CAUCUCUCUUUACAUCAUGUGACCAAAUGCAACCCUGAUGUCAUUGCAGAGUAGAAAAAAUAUCCGUAGGUUGUCGUCUCCCGUUUGUCGAUUGUCAUAUGAUCACGAACAAAAAUGCUGCGAAAUUUAAUAAUUUUAUCUUUGUGCAUAGUGGCAAUUAGUGCAUCGGGUGAAUUCACCGUUUUGAGCACACCCAAGUCCUUGUCAUUCAAGGGUAACGAGCCACUACCAAGCCAAUAUGUUGGCGAUGUUGUCUAUGCCUCAUUGGGUAAUUCCGUAGCUGGAGACGCACAAUGGUCUGGUUUGACAGUUGACGACCCUUUCAAUUUCCCCAAGGUUGUUGUUGCUGCCUCAUUGAGUGGUGUUGCUCAUACUAAGGUUUCCGGAGCCGGCAAGAGUUACGAAAUUCAAGGCAACUCGGUAAAGGAAGCUUUGAACGGUGUCUCUGCCCAAUUGGAAGCUGAUAAUGAACCUGUUUGCGAUAUCGACUUUGAAGAUUUGGAAGAAGGUGUAGCCAGCUUCAAGAGUGUUUUUGGUGAUGUGCAAGUUAAUUCUGUCCCAAAUACCAAAUAUUUGAACAGUGAAUUGCAUUCUGCUGAUAAGCAAUUUAUCCAAGCUAUUGCAUACAUCAAUGCUGCUGCCGAUAAUUUGGCUAAGUUGCAAAAGACCUGCAACUUUGUUUCCUUCCGUCUGUCUGCCGAGUCUGUUGCUAAAGCUCAUGGUGAGAAAUCAGAAGCUGUGAAUGAAGCCUUGGAUCUCUUCACAUCUGCUGUCAAGAACUUGAAUACUGCUGCCCAAAAGGUCAAUAACAACGAAGCCUUGGUAUUGUCCAUUGUCAACAAAUCGGAAAAUUCCCGCGCUAAACGGGAUGUUCCUGAACCAGGCAAAGAUUACAACUUGGCUGAAUACUAUAACCAAGAUUAUCCAGUAAUCUUCAACAUCAUCUUAUGGUUCAUGGUAACAUUCGGCUUCGCCUUGUUGGCUAUUUGCUACGCCAUCGGUUCAAUGGAUCCUGGACGUGAUUCCAUCAUUUACCGUAUGACUUCAACCAGAAUGAAGAAGGAUAAUUAAAUUGUGAUGCACAAUGUACCAGCAUUAUUUUUAUUAGUACUUGUAUUUGUCAACACAAAAGACUAGACAAUUUUUAUUCUUUCUCCUCUUUCAGAUGUUGAGAACAUUUAAGUUAUUCCAUUUUUUUGAACCUUUUGUUGUUCUAAAUUAAAAUGUGUGUUACAAAUCAAUUCCUUUCCCAAGCAACAACAUCUAAAUAAGACAUCUAUAAUAAACUAAAAUAUAUUAUUCAUUAUCAGCAACAACAACAAUAAUAUUAAUAAUAUAUAUGUAUAGUGUAAUAAAUAUACCUAUUAGUAAGACAAUUUCUUAUAUAAGUAUUAAUUGUUCAAGAAAGAUACGAUAUGCACUUAGAGAAUAUAAUACAUACAACUAUUGGGGUCUUUUCUUAUGUAUUAUAAUUUAUUUAAGCUACAAACAAAUCCGUUGUUAUUACCUCUAACUACAUAUUCCAAUUUAUUAUUUUUUGUUGUAGCAUAUGUUUGUUUUUCUCUUUGAUUAAAAAAAAAAACAUUACAAGUAAAACAGCGUGUGUGUUCUUAUUAAUUAAAUAGAAUUCCGUUUAAAUAUAUUGGAAAUUACAAAACGUGACUUACUUUACUUAAAACGGCGCUAGUUAACAAAAAAAUAUCUUUCGACUAAAAAAAUUCAUCAAGAAAUUGAAAAAUGAAAGACAUCUAUUGUGCGUGGUUCUAUACACCAGAUGUCGGUAAUGUUGCUUUAUAAUUAGGCUACGUUCCGUUGAUACUUUCGAUGGUAUUUGAAGAAUCAGUGUCAAUGUCACAAAAUCGUAUCGAAAUGGGUUGAAUUCCGUAAUUCAAAAUCGUUCGUUUUUAUUUUAGCUUCUUCAGAUUUCGUACGAUUUGGUAAACUACGAUUUCAGUGCAAAUAUGGCAACAUUAUAUAUUAAAUAUGGUAAAAUUAGGGGAAUGAAAGAAGGAAUGCAUGAGGAAUCAAAACAAAACAUGUAAUUAGAAAUAAUAUACAAGUGUAGGUAUUCUGUUUAAAAGAGUUUUUUUGUGCAAAAAGAAACAAUGCAAUUGACUCCUCAAUUUCACUGAGCACAUAUUUGUUAAAAGGACCAUAACCAGUUUUUGUCUUUUCCUUUUUAUUGUGAUACAAUUUUUUUUUAACGUAUACUGUCCAACCUUACCUUGUCUUUUUCCACCCAUUGCAAUCUUUGAUGGGUGGUCCCGAGGAAUGUAGUUUUUCAGUGAGUUGUGACCAACUCGUUUCGGCAACCACUCGAUCAUCUUUGACAUAGCACUCGCUAGGUCCAUAAAACCGAUGAACCUUUUUUCUUGUGCUGAAUUUCUGUGCCAGCCCCUUAAAUAUUUAUUAAUGAUUAAUUGAUUGAACGGCAUUCCACAAUACAUAUUUCACAUAUUUUAAAAUACUUACUUUUGUACAAAAUUCCUUUUUUAUGUUGUUUUGUUUUCUCUCUUUGCUUCAUUUUAUUAUUAGUAAUACCAUAUUGUUUGGUUUUCACAGAUGAAUAAUUUUUGUUUGACGAAAAAAGUGAUUUUCAAGAAAAUAAGUAAUGUGGCAACACUUUAUUAACAAUUGCCAUUCGGCUUCGCCUUGUUGGCUAUUUGCUACGCCAUCGGUUCAAUGGAUCCUGGACGUGAUUCCAUCAUUUACCGUAUGACUUCAACCAGAAUGAAGAAGGAUAAUUAAAUUGUGAUGCACAAUGUACCAGCAUUAUUUUUAUUAGUACUUGUAUUUGUCAACACAAAAGACUAGACAAUUUUUAUUCUUUCUCCUCUUUCAGAUGUUGAGAACAUUUAAGUUAUUCCAUUUUUUUGAACCUUUUGUUGUUCUAAAUUAAAAUGUGUGUUACAAAUCAAUUCCUUUCCCAAGCAACAACAUCUAAAUAAGACAUCUAUAAUAAACUAAAAUAUAUUAUUCAUUAUCAGCAACAACAACAAUAAUAUUAAUAAUAUAUAUGUAUAGUGUAAUAAAUAUACCUAUUAGUAAGACAAUUUCUUAUAUAAGUAUUAAUUGUUCAAGAAAGAUACGAUAUGCACUUAGAGAAUAUAAUACAUACAACUAUUGGGGUCUUUUCUUAUGUAUUAUAAUUUAUUUAAGCUACAAACAAAUCCGUUGUUAUUACCUCUAACUACAUAUUCCAAUUUAUUAUUUUUUGUUGUAGCAUAUGUUUGUUUUUCUCUUUGAUUAAAAAAAAAAACAUUACAAGUAAAA